GGAAAAUGAUCCGGAUUCUGGUAGUGUUGAUGUGCGUCCUGGGCUUGGGAGCUUUCCCAGGCCCGAAAAAUGGAGCUUGCGGACUUUGCGCCGAGCAGCCGAUGAUCAGUGAUGAUGGCACAGCAAUUGGAAUCAUCGAUAACACGAAAGAUUCUGAGGGUUGUCGUGUCGUGUCGCUGAUUUGUCACAACGAUAUUGACCCCACAUCGGCAUACCUGUACAUGAACCGGGCCCUCCUUGAAAAUCGGAACACCAUCUCCGCGGUGUGCAUGAAUAAUGGGUGGUUUUUGCGCGGAGCCGAUGAGUCGAUGGAGAUGAAACCAAUCAUCUCCAUAUUCUGCUCGUCCGUUAUGCUG